AUGUGCACAGGGGGUGGCAGUGGCAUUGGGCGUGCAGUAUGCCAGGUAUUAGCCAGAGAGGGGGCAAAGGUGGCCGUUGUUGACCAAAAUGAAGCAGGUGCUAACGAGACUGCUCAGUUAAUUGGUGCAGACGCGUCCAAAGCUUACACAACUGAUGUGUCAUCAUCGAGUUCAGUCCGUGAACUGCUGACCAAUGUCCAGACUCAGUUCUCUGAUGUUCCCACUGUGCUGGUCAACUCUGCUGGAAUCACCAGAGAUGCCUUUCUUCUCAAGAUGAAGGAGGAAAAUUUUGACAAAGUUAUUGAUGUCAAUUUGAAGGGAACCUUUUUGGUGACACAAGCUCUCGCCAGGAUGAUAUUGGAGAACAAAAUCCAAAAUGCCUCUUUUGUCAACAUUGCCAGUAUCGUGGGCAAGAUAGGCAAUAUAGGACAAAGUAAUUAUGCUCCAUCUAAGGCAGGCGUGUUGGCUCUAACGAAGACAGCAGCUCUAGAGUUUGGCAGGAUGGGAAUCCGUGUGAAUGCUGUUGUCCCAGGGUUUAUUGACACACCCAUGACCUCUACGAUACCUGACAAGGUCAAAGAUAGUCUGCUCCAGCUAGUUGCCAUGGGGAGGAUGGGGCGACCAGAAGAAAUAGCUGAAGCUUGUUUGUUCCUGGCCUCAGACAGAAGUAGUUACAUGACAGGCACAAGUAUAGAUGUUACAGGUGGAAUGCCAGUAGGGCUGUAAUGUCGUCUUUUGUGGGUCAUCGCCAAGGAAACCAUUUGGAUGAAUUUUCUGUUUGGCAAAAGGCAUUUUGUUGGAAACAUGUUUAAUACCAUUAUUUAAAUCUGGAAAGAUGCCACAAUUUCAAGAUUAGGGAUCACAACAUAAUUAUGCAAAAAAAUAGUGAGGUGAGGUAAUAAACUUCUUGAACAAAGAUGGAAAUUGUAGAAAGAGGACUGGUCUACUGUUAAGUGCACAGGGAAUGCUAUUUGUAACUGUGGUAGUGAGAAAUUGACCACCAGUACGUGUAAUUUUAAAAUUCUCUCAUUUGAUGCAAUGUAACCUUGUAAUCCUUGUGACCUCUUCACAAGCACUUUUUGUCUUGACCAUUGUAUCCAAGAUUCAGUACAUUAGGACGAAGUGACGAGGCACUUGUCACUGUUUGUUAUGUCACUAUUUGUUUUGUCUCUGUUAUGUCACUGUUUGUUAUGUCACUAUUUUUGUCUCAGUUUGUUAUGUCACUGUUUAUGUCACUAUUUGUUAUGUCACUGUUUGUUACGUCACUUUGUUACGUUACUGUUAUGUCACUCUUUAUUAUGUCACUAUUUGUUCUGUCACUAUUUGUUAUGUACCAUUAUAGUUGCUUUAUGUUCCGUCGAUGGUAGAACUGCAAUUUCCUACAUGUUAAUCCUUUUAAUUAGUAUUUUAAUCCAUUCUUUGUUAUAUUGUUACCUGUUUUUCACCUAGUUCAAACAUGUUCAGCCCAUAUUGGGAUGAGCUAAGGCAACCAUGCCAAGCAACCCACACAUGGACUAACAGAUUAACCCUUUUCAGACUUCACUCGAGAGAGUAAAAUGUACAGUUAAUAAAUAAAAGUACAACUUUCAAGACAAGUUUCCAGGAGUCUUCAUUUGAUGUCACUGACAGAUUGAAGGACAACUGUAACCCCUGGUGAUAACACCAUGAGUGGCUUGAUUGAUUUGAUGAAUCGUCACGAGCACAUUUUAUAUAUAUUUGAUCUUGAUUCGUAAUCAUUAUUUCAGCAAUAAUUUAUUGCUAAUACAUGUACAUGUUGGUGCCUACUGAUGCUCUGAAUUUACUCAUCCUUUAGCCGAGUUUAAGAUGAACUAGAACAUUAACUCUGCACUCGUCGGUAAUGUUGCAGUGGCAAGAAAUUGUAAUAAAAAACAUGUUGCAUUACCAGGAAUGUGAAAAAAAAAAAGAGGUCAAAUUAGAUCAGUUUGAGUGUGAGAAAAGUUGAAGCUAUUUAGUACUUGUAGUGAACCAGUAUUAUUAUUCUAUACCAUAUCUUCUCCACAGGUUAUCUGGCCUUGGCCAUUGAGGCCAUACGCGGUAAUUCAGUCGACCAUUGAGGCCAUAUGCUGUAAUCCUACACUUGGCCAUUGAGGCCAUCUGCUUUAAUCCAGCCCUUGGUCGUUGAGGCCAUCCGCUAUCGAGCCCUUGGCCACAUGCUGUAAACCAGCUCUUGGCCAUUGAGGCCAUAUGCUGUAAUCCAGCCCUUGGCCAUAUGCUGUAAUCCAGCCCUUGGUCAUAGAGGCCAUAUGCUGUAAACCAGCUCUUGGCCAUUGAGGCCAUCUGCUGUAAUCCAGCCCUUGCUAAUUUGGCUGAGGCUUUUAUGUCAGAAUUUUCUUGUUAAGUACAAAGAGUUAAGGGCAGUAGUUUACUCCUGUAUUCUAAUUUCCUUCAAUCUGGUGCACUGUUCAUGUAAAUGUGAAAAAUUCUUUACUGAUUCCAAUCAAAUAAGUCAUUUUACUGUGCAUGACCUCAGUUUUCUCCCAGCAUGCAAUGUGUUAACAACUGUGCCUUCUUGCAUGAAGCUCUCUUAGCACUAUGUGUACAACGCCGCCAUGGGAACCAGUUUUCUUGGCAUUACCUUGCUAUGGCAGCUAUGUAGUUGUCACUACACUACAUAGAUUGUUUCAAAAAAACAUGUACUCAAAAUUGUAAUGUAUGUAAAAAGCAAAAGAACGAGAAUGACAUCUUUGAAUGUGAUUGAUUGUGAAGUAAUCUAUAUUUUUGGAGAUGGCUCACCUGCGAA